AUCCCGAGGCUAGGAGGAAGGCGAGGAGAAGCAGAACGCAGAGGCGCGGGGCCCACGCACACGGCGAUCGCCGCCCCAGCUCAGGCGGCGCCCCUGUAGGUGAGCGCGGCGCGGAGGAGCGCGGCGGAGCGCGGCGGAAAGCGGGGUCCCCGGUGCGCCCCCCACUCCCUGCGGGCCUCCCCUCGAGAGAGCCGAGAGCUGCAGCCAGCCUUCGGAGGCUGAAGGUUUCCCCCCCGCCCGCCCCGAUCCGCUGCUCCCGCAGGUCACCUCCACCCCGAGAGCCCGCAGCCCAGAUGGAGACGGUGCAGGAGCUGAUUCCCCUGGCCAAGGAGCUGAUGGCGCAGAAGCCCAGUGCGAAGCUGGUGCGAAUGUACCUGCUGGGCGGCGUGCUGGCGCUCUUCGGCGCCGUGCUCGGCCUGAUGGAGGCCGUGUGCGGCCCCUUCGCGGCCGCCGGCCCCCGGCGGGAGCGCGAGGCGACCCUGGCCGAGCUGGCGGAGCCGGCCCCGCGGGAGCAAGGCAAGCCACUGGAGGCCGCCCAGGCCUGCCGGGCCCUGUCCAACCGGCUGCACGCCUCCUAGGAGCUCGGGGGCCGGCGGAGAGAAGGGAAGAGAGACCCCGGAGAGGGGCGAGUGAGCCAGGGUCGGAAGGGCAGGCUCGAGUGGGCGUGCUGUGCUGUCUGAAGUUGCUUCUGAGAAGCCACCGACUUCUAGAACUGAACUACCACGCGGAUCCGCCAAAAGGAGCUUGGGACUGAGUUCGCUGCUGUGCAGCACUGCAGGAA